ACAGCACUGGGAAUUCCCAACGCGGCCAAGAAUGCUGUGGUACUCCAGGAGGCGGGAGCAGAGCCGCUUACAGUCCAGGCCAGAGCCAGAAGACUCUCCCAGUUAGCCCGGCUCUCUACGACUCUCCCAGGCAGGUGUUUCCUGCAGCGAAUCCAAGCUCGGACCAAAGGGUCAUGGCACGACACGGUAGAAGAUUUCCUUAACAUAGCCGGCCCGCUACCGACGAUGACGAGCGAAGCAAGGGUAGCGCCCUGGGAAGUUGCCAAGGUAUCCAUCGAGCUACGGAUCAAGCGCCUGCGAGCCAAAAAAGUUGGACCGAUCAACGCUCUCAGAGAAGCUGUGGAAAAACACAUCGAAGAACGCUACGGUGGUUGGCUGCAGAUAUACACGGACGGCUCUGUAAACAAGGCUAGAACAUCCAGCACGGCAGCUUUCUACAUCCCGGAGUUAGCCCUGGAAUGGUGCGGCAGGCUACAGGCGCCUACAUCCUCCACGACGGCCGAGCUAGUGGCUAUUGACAAGGCCCUCCAAGCGGCUGCCCAGCUGUCACCUCACCGGAUGGUGCUCCUCACCGACUCAAGUGGAUCCCAGGACACACUGGCAUUAAGGGCAACGAACGGGCUGACAGUCUGGCCGGUGAAGCUCACCUAGCGCCUCGCACUGUCCCCACACCACCACACCCACAGCAGGCGGCACUCAACGUCCACUGGCACCUUCAAGACAGCAAGCCAAAACCGGCGCUACCAAGAGGUGCGCUGUCCGGCCUAUCUCGGGCGGCGCAGACUCUUGUGCGACGCCUGCGCACAAACACGGCCUACACGAAUGCUUUCCUUACGAAGAUAGGUAAGGGGCAGCACCCACUUUGCUCCCAGUGUAACUCCGCAGAGACGGUGGAACACAUUC